UCGUGGGUGAUCUCGAAUCUUCUUCUCCUUAUUGAUCCAGGGUAGCUUUGUCUACAAUAGUCAUUCGUUGAGCUUCAUCAACUUACGAACAAUUCACAAUGGUUCUCAUCAGUUCCUUGGCUGUGAUUGCCACUGUAGCCAGUCUCGCUACGAGUCAGAGUGUCGACCCAAAUAGCGUUCCGAAAUCAACGAGAGAGUAUUGGUGCCAAUCGCAGACCUCAGCUUGUCCUCUCAUCUGUCUGCAACUUCCAGGGGCCUCGGGGCAGCCCAAGGAUAACACUUGCGACUAUAAAUCCCUCACUUACUCCUGCAUUUGCAGCAACAAUUUGACCCCUAACGCAUCUGAGUACUCUCAGACAAUCCCCUACUUUAUGUGCACUGAGCAAAACAACCAAUGCGUCAAGAACUGCGAUGGCGACUCGACAUGCCAGUCUGAUUGCCGUUCGAAAAACCCUUGUGGCGCUCAGGACCCCAAGCGUGUCAACACUACCACUUCUGCAACUACCCAAACCGCUCAAGCGACUACUUCUUUGCCCCCUUUCACGGGCGUCCCAGAUAAGAAUGGGGUAGCCUCGGGGCCAUCGACCAAUCUUUACCACAUCUACGGUCUGACCGUCGUUAUGGCUGGUUUCUUCGCCGGCUUUGCAACUUUGCUGUGAGGGUGGCACGUUUGUAGGGUUACUGGGCGUUUCCCGAGUCAGUGGUUCUUGGGUAAACCGCGUAGCCAAAUUGUUCGGUAUCGAUGGCAUGUUUUACCUCCUGUCAUAGCGUGCGCUAGCUCUGCAUGAUUGUCACUUCAGCGUGCCAUGAAGGAUUCAUUUUCAUUUUUUAUGAGCGUUUUUGGUGCAUGUAUGUCUUGAUGAUAUUUUUCUAUGUAAUAAUCAUAAUCAUAAAAUUUUGAAUCUUGAAAAAAACUGAAAAGACAAGGGAUCAUUUCAUCAGACAUGAAUAUACUGGCAAACUAGUAAUGGAGAAAGUUGCUGUAGGAGCAAUGACUACUAUAUGCU